UUGCUUUCUUCGCCACCACCCCACCACACUCGACUUCCCACCCCAUCUCUCAUCCAUCCAGUCACUCAACCACUCCAAAAUGUCCGCAGCAGACACAACAGAAGCAACUGCCCCCGCGCCGGCGCGCGCGUCGAACGGCACGCCCAUCCCAGAGGACAAGGCCGCGCAGGUGGCGCGGCUCCUCGCCGAGGGCAAGAAGGCGCUUGCCCUCAAGCAGUGGGAGGAGGCAGUCGAGAAGCACGCGUCAGCCUUGCAGAUUCAGGACGAAGCAGGCGUGGACCAGCUCGACGUGAGCAAGGCGCCGCUGCUGUUCAACUAUGGCCGCGCGCUCUUCGAGCUCGCGCUGUCACAGCAGGGCGUUAUGGGGAAGGAGGAGGUUGCGAAGGGGACGGGGACGGUAGAUGAGGACAAGGAGAAGGCGGGCAAGUUCGUGUUUGAGGGUGAUGGAGACGAGGACGGGGAAGAAGAGGAGGGCGAGGGUGAGGGCGAGGAGCAGGAUGGCGCCGAUGGCGAGGGCGGCGACGAGGAAGAAGACCUGCCUGAGGACGACUUCAAUGCGGCGUGGGAGGUGCUGGAUGUCGCGCGAACGAUUUACGAGCGCGAGAUCGCCAGGAAGGGCGCGGACAACGCGCGCGACGACAGGAUGAGCUUGGCUGAGUGCUACCUCUUCCUGGGCGACAUCAGUUGUGAGACAGAAAAGUUCGACCAGGCAGUCCUGGAUUAUAGGGCAGCACUGGAGAUCAAGACGGCGCUCCUUCCACCUUCAUCGCGUGCGCUCGCGUCCGCGCACUACCAGCUCUCGACGGCGUUGGAGCUGACGUCUGCCGGGCGUCCGGCGGCGCUUGAGCACGUGCAGGCCGCUUUGGACGGGUUCAAGGCGCGCGCGGAGGAGGUGCGCCGCGCCAUCGCGGGCGAGACGACGACCGAGGACCUGGCGCGCAUGACUGAGCGCGAGCGCGAGGCCGAGCUCAAGGACGUCAGCGAGCUCAUCGGCGACCUUGAGGUCAAGAUUGACGAGCUCAAGGCAGCGCCGGUGCGCGAGGACCUGGUUAGUGGCACGAUUAACCACCUUCUCGGCGGAAUUGGCGGAGAAGUCAAGCAGGACGCGGGCCCUGUGAACGAUCUCACGUCUAUGGUGCGGAAGAAGAAGCGCCCCGCGCCCGAGGCGCCUGCGGCGGCCGAGGACAAGAGUGAGAAGAAGCCUAGGGUGUAGUAGCAGCAGAAGUAGAUGGUCUGGUUGCCUUUUUCGUUCGUUCGCCACGCGGUCUACCGCGGGCAUUGAGUAGUUCACAGCAUGCACGUUGUUGGCGUUAAUGGCGG